GGGGAGAAAAAUAAACAUUAACCUUGCCUUUUUUUUUAAAAGGAAAAAUUGGGGUCGUGGCAUAUUCUGAGACGCCAGAAAGACAGACACCGUCGCAGAAAAGCGAAAAAAGAAAGUUCGAAGCUCCAAAGACCAAAACGCAAAGCCAGAAGACCCAAAAGCACAGAAACUUCGUCAGCUUCCAAACAAACAAAGAAAGCUACAAUGGCAGUGUCGAAGUUGAAUCACCGCCUCUUCAGACUCAGAGGCUACACGACGAUCUCUUCCAUUGCCUUCAUCGCUCUUCGAAGCUUAUCUUCUUCUUCUUCGUCGGAUCAUGGAAUUGACCUGAAACCGGCAACUUGGGUGGACCACAACCAAAAGGGUCUCCCUCCUCUGGAGCAAAAACCCAACAGCGAUAAAAAUGUUCAGUGGGUGUUUCUUGGGUGUCCGGGCGUCGGAAAAGGGACCUAUGCUUCUCGCCUCUCGAAUCUCCUGGGUGUUCCUCACAUCGCCACCGGUGAUCUUGUCCGUGAGGAGCUCUCUUCCUCUGGUCCUCUCGCUUCUCAGCUUGCAGACAUUGUUAACCAAGGAAAAUUGGUUUCAGAUGAAAUUAUAAUAAAGUUAUUGUCCAAGCGUCUUGAAACUAGUGCAGCAAAGGGUGAAACCGGUUUUAUUCUUGAUGGCUUCCCUCGAACCAUUAGACAGGCGGAAAUUUUAGACGGAGUUACAGACAUUGACUUAGUUAUUAAUCUAAAACUUCGUGAAGAAGCUUUGCUUGCUAAGUGCCUUGGAAGAAGGAUUUGUAGCGAGUGUGGUGGAAACUAUAAUGUUGCUUCCAUUGACAUCAAGGGUGAAGAUGGAAGCCCGAACUUAUACAUGGCUCCUCUUCUUCCCCCACCACAUUGUGCCUCAAAGCUUAUUACACGUUCUGACGACACUGAAGAAGUUGUUAAGAAACGGCUCCGUAUAUAUAAUGAGAUGAGUCAACCUCUGGAGGAGUUCUAUCGCAGACGUGGAAAACUGUUAGAAUUUGAACUUCCUGGAGGAAUUCCAGAAUCCUGGCCAAAGCUGCUUCAAGCUCUGAAUCUGGAAGACCAUGAUGAACAAUCUGCAGCAGCAUGAAUGUUAAAAUUUGUGUAUUAUAUAAUAAACUAGGUAUGGUAAAUCAUUCUUUGUAUGUCGGAGAGGCACAUGCAUCUAAUAAUUUAAAGGGUGACAAAUUUUACUAAAAUAAAAGUAGAAAGAGGUUCAAAAAUGUAUAUGAGGUAGCUUCCUAAUGGUCUGUUUCGGAGGUGUGUUAAAAUGUGUAUAAGAAUUGGCCCUAGAAGAAGGUGGUUUUGAUAUCAUUAGUAAUGUUGUCUAGUUGACAGAUGGCUUAACUUAUUGUGAUUAUUUGUGGACAUAAUGUAUUUUUGUAACUCAUUAUGCCAUAAUGUAAGUAAAAUUGUGCUAAAAAAACAUCUUUUUAUCUACAA